GUGCUCUUUUCGUAGUUCUUAGUGAGACUCCCAAUAUGAAGAUGCUUGGACUUCUACAGGGUUUUGCUGCAGGUCUGAUGUUGAGCAUAUCGUUCCUGGAUUUGGCUCAUAAUGCUAUUAACUCUAUUGGCUUCUUAAAAGCCAAUCUCUGGUUUUUUGGUGGUGUGAUAUUCUUUGCGUGUAUUGCCAAAUUCAUACCUGAACCAACUGUUGGCCCUUCUACUGACUCGAAACGAAGAAAGAAAAAUGGAGACGACGGAGGUAAGGACAUGAUGAAGAAGAAGCGCAAGCAAGUCAUGUUUAGUGGAAUUAUUACGGCUAUUGGCAUAAGCUUGCACAAUUUCCCAGAAGGGAUGGCUGUAUUUCUCGGAUCAAUUAAGGGCAUGCGAGUUGGUGUUAAUCUGGCUUUGGCAAUCGCUCUACACAACAUUCCUGAGGGUGUUGCAGUUGCACUUCCUAUUUACUUUGCAACAGAGAGCAAAUGGCAGGCAUUCAAGUUGGCAACACUCUCUGGUUUAGCUGAGCCUCUAGGUGUAAUUAUCGUGGCCUAUCUUUUCCCUAGAAGCUUAAGUCCAGAAAUCCUUGAAGGUUUGUUGGGAGCAGUUGGUGGAAUCAUGGCUUUCCUAACGUUGCACGAAAUGCUUCCUUUGGCAUUUGAUUAUGCGGGACAAAAACAAGCUGUGAAGGCUGUGUUUUUUGGCAUGGCAUGUAUGUCGGCGAGUCUUUACUUUCUGGAGCUGAGCUUGCCUGAGACAAUGAGCUUGUAAGGUUAAAGAUGUCAUAUGCAAUAAUUGCCUCCCCAAAAGAGAUAAAACAGUCUCUGGAGUGAAGUAGUGUCGUUUGUAUCUGUAAAGACUGAAAUCUGUAAACAAUUGAGUAUUCAUUUUUAAGUCAAAGGAAUAAUAAUCUUUUAUAACAUCUA